AUGGCGACGUGCAUCGGCAUGGUUACGAGAAUUGGAGGCUCUGCACUAACAGUGUUUAAGCCGGUCGCAAGACAUUGUUCAAGGCCGAGGACAAGCCUAUUCACUCUGCACCGUUUCUCGCAUGGAGCCCGAAGCAGUUUGUACGAGCAUGUCCGUGAAGGCUACAGUGACAAGCCCGAGCUGGAUAUGCGAGCAGUGUGUGAGGAGACCGACAAAGUCAUAGCUAAUGUGGAGAGCAGGAAGGGCGACCUGCGGGCGGACGAUGUCAGGAAGAUUGUGUGUGUGUGGCAGGAGCUCCAGGCAGUGAGGACAGAAAUCUUUGAGCUGGAGAAGCUGAAAAGACACAUCGGUGACACUGUCAGAGCACUAGUGACCAAGAAUGACAAGAAGGCUCUCGCCAAUCUUCCAGAGUACACCCAGGCUCUGCAGAAGGGUCGAGAGAUUCGCAACAGGCUCAAUCAGCUCUACCCCAAAGAGACUGAGCUUGAUGAGGAGCACUACGGCCGAGCACUUAGAUUGCCCAACACCACACACCCUGACGUGCCAGUUGGAGAUGAGAGCCAGGCAAGAGUGGUGGAGCUGGUCGGACAGAAACCAGAGUUUGACUUUAAGCCCAGGGGCCAUGUAGAGCUUGGGGAGGAGUUGGGUCUCAUCAGGCAGAGGCAUCUAGCUCACGUCUCAGGCCACAGGUCCUACUAUCUGAGGGGAGCAGGGGCCAGACUUCAGACCGCACUCCAAAACUUCGCCCUUGACACACUGCAGCGACGAGGCUUCAUUCCUAUGGUUGUGCCUGACAUGCUGAAGGGGGCAGUGUUUGAGGGGUGUGGGAUGCAGCCCAAUGCCCAUCGCUCUCAGGUCUACUCCCUGGACCCGGCUCGUUUCCCGGACCUCAACCUGGCUGGGACCGGAGAGGUCGGGGUGGCAGGCUAUUUCAUGGAUCAUGCAGUAAACUGGAAGGACCUGCCUGUCAGGACAGUGUGCAGCAGCACCUGCUACAGAGCAGAGACAGACACUGGCAGAGAGACAUGGGGCCUCUACAGAGUUCAUCACUUCAACAAGGUAGAGAUGUUUGGAGUGACAGCAGAUGAGACAGGAGAAGAGAGCUCUCAGCUGCUGGAGGAGUUUGUCUCUUUGCAGAAAGAGAUGUUCUCUGCACUGGAAUUACACUACAGAGUGCUGGACAUGCCGACGCAGGAACUGGGUCCUCCUGCUCACAGGAAGUAUGACAUUGAAGCCUGGAUGCCAGGGAGGAACAGCUAUGGAGAGAUUUCCAGUGGGUCCAACUGUACAGACUACCAGAGCAGACGUCUCAACAUCCUGUAUGAGAGAGAGGACGGCAGCCUGCAGUACACCCACACAGUGAACGCUACAGCGUGUGCCAUCCCCCGAACCAUCAUCGCUAUCUUGGAGACUCACCAGACCAAAGAGGGAACAGUGCGUGUCCCCAGAGCCCUGCAGCCUUACUUGGGUCUAGAAGUGAUCGAGAAGCCAAAGUACACUCCGCUGAAGUACAUCGGACCCAACCAGCACAGUCGACCCCCCAGGCCUGCUCCUAAGACUCGAUGACAGUAACACAAGUGUAGUGCUCUGACAUCAGCCAUUGUCCACAAACACCUGAGGUGUGACUCAGCUCACAUUCAACACCAAGUCAGACAGAAAGUUAUAGUUAUAUUUAACUAAUAUGCAUAACACUGCUUCAUGCAUGUUGUUAUGCAUCCAUUUACAUGUUGUUAAUGAUGUCUUUUGUGCUUCAGAUGAAAUUAAAUACAGUCUGACUUUUUUGAGUUGAGUGUGAAUUGUGUGCAUCAGUGUUUUGUGGCAAUGGAUCAUCCCUCAGACAGUUUACUGUCACUGUAAAUAUAUGUAUGUCUCAGUUUGUCCAAUGCCAUUAAAUUGUGAAUGGAAAAUUGAAUGUGUGUUAUCCACAUAAUUAGAAUAACGAUAAUAUGGUAAAAUCAGUAAAAAAAAAAAAAAAAAAAAAAAAAAAAAAAAAAAAAGAUGGUUUCAUUUCACACACAUGCACAAAAACACUGAAACACACUGAAUGCCACUGUGACCUUGCACAGAAGAAUAUUUAACGGCCCCCAGAGGUGAUAUACAGUACAGGCCAUGUAAUGUGUGUUUACAUUACCAGCUGUUACAAAACAUCAAUAACUGAAGUGCAAAAGCAGUUAACCAGCAUCAUGAGGAGGCGGUGAUGUUUGCAUGGACAUGCAAAUAAAAACAAAGCAGGUCUAACUUUAUCCUCACCGGAUGUAUUUAGAGGGAUUUGAAUAACGUGGAACCACAGAGAAGUUUAAAGUGUUUACAUUUAUU